AUGAUGGACGGCCGCCUCCUGGAGCACCCGCAUGCCCAGUUCGGGGGCUCACUGGGCGGCGUGGUGGGCUUCCCCUACCCGCUGGGCCACCACCACGUGUACGAGCUGGCCGGCCACCAGCUGCAGUCGGCCGCCGCCGCCGCCGCCGCCGCCUCGGUACCCUUCUCCAUCGACGGUCUGCUCAGCGGCUCGUGCGCCGCCGCCGCCGCCGCCUCGGUGGUCAACCCCACGCCGCUGCUGCCGGCCGCCUGCGGGGUCGGCGGCGAUAGCCAGCCCUUCAAGCUGUCAGACUCGGGGGACCCGGACAAGGAGAGCCCGGGCUGCAAGCGGCGGCGCACCCGCACCAACUUCACGGGCUGGCAGCUGGAGGAGCUGGAGAAGGCGUUCAACGAGAGCCACUAUCCCGACGUGUUCAUGCGCGAGGCGCUGGCGCUGCGCCUGGAUCUGGUUGAGUCCCGAGUUCAGGUCUGGUUCCAAAACCGCCGGGCCAAGUGGAGGAAGAAGGAGAACACGAAGAAGGGCCCUGGGCGGCCGGCGCACAACUCCCAUCCCACCACGUGCAGUGGCGAGCCGAUGGACCCGGAGGAGAUCGCGCGCAAGGAACUGGAGAAGAUGGAGAAGAAGAAGCGCAAACACGAGAAGAAGCUGCUCAAGAGCCAGAGCCGCCACUUGCACUCGCCCGGAGGCCUGUCCCUGCACAGCGCGCCCAGCUCCGACAGCGACAGCGGCGGCGGCGGCCUGUCCCCGGAGCCCCCCGAGCCGCCGCCGCCCGCCGCCGUGGCCAAGGGCCCCGGCGCGCACGCCGCCGGCGCCGCCGGUGCUGCGCCCGCACCGCCCGGCGAGCCGCCCGCUCCCGGCACCUGCGAUCCCGCCUUUUACCCGAGCCAAAGAAGCGGCGCCGGCCCGCAGCCGCGGCUCGGCCGCCCCGCGGACAAGGACGCGACCCCGUGUGCGCCCGGGGCGGCGGCGGCGGCCGAGCGCGGCGCCUUGGGCCCGCCCAAGGCCAGCCCGUUCAGCGUGGAGAGCUUGCUGUCCGACUCGCCGCCGCGCCGGAAAGCGCCCCCCGCCAACGCGGCCGCCGCUGCGGGGCUGGACUUCGCGCCCGGCCUGCCAUGCGCGCCGCGGACCCUCAUCGGCAAGGGCCACUUCCUGCUCUACCCCAUCACGCAGCCGCUCGGCUUCUUGGUGCCGCAGGCCGCGCUCAAGGGCGGCGCGGGUCCCGAGCCCGCGCCCAAGGACGCGCCGCCCGCUCCCGCCGCUCCACCCGCGCCUCCCGCCCAGGCCAGCUUCGGGGCCUUCCCGGGGUCCGGCGGCGCUCCGGACUCGGCCUUCGCGCGCCGCAGCCCUGACGCCGUCGCCUCCUCGGGGGCCCCGACCCCAGCGCCUUUCCGGGACGCGGCGGCGGCGGCGGCCGCGGCCGAGGGCGGCGGCAGGGACUGCGCAGAUGCGGGGGCCGCCUGCCCAGCGGCCCCGCCGCCGCCACCGCUCGCGCUGUCGCCUGGGCCCGGCCCGCGGGCUCCCAGCCCCGCUGCGGAGCCGGCCGUUGGCGGAACCCUCGAAUCGGGCGCCGCAGCCGGACCCAGCGCGCCCGAUGGCGAGGAGGUGGACAUGGACUGA